AUUUGUCAAGAACAUAUCCUGCCAAUUUUUUUAAAAAAAAAUCAGAUGACCUCCCUGUUAGAUGGUGGAAAUGCUGUAGAUAUGAUAUAUCUUAACUUCAGCAAAUGUAUCUUGACUUCAGCAAAGUCUUUGACAAAGUGCCCCAUGAUAUUCCGGUAUUGGUACAAAAUUCAUCUGGAAACAUUCCAAGUCCAGUACACAGCCGAACAAGGCUUAUUUUCUUUCAGUCCAGAAAGUAAAUGUUGUGGAUGAUUUUUGAAGCAACUCCCAUGAACAAAGCUAACUUUCUCUAUUGUUGCAACUUAGCACAUAGCAUAUGGACAGUUUGGUAAAGUAAGGAGUCCAUGAGUUCAGAGUAGAGCUAUCUUGUAAUGCGAAAGGCUUGGAAGGGCUUAGGACCUUUGGAUCUUGCUUUAGCAAAUCCUCUGUGGUGUGUCUGCAGAAGAUGAAAUGUAUACUCAGUGGUGGCUUGCUUUUCCCCUCCAAAUUAAGUCUUAUUUCAUUCUUCCCUUUGUAGAAAAUUUAAUAUUUUUCUUCAACAUCGAGGUGGUGGCUUACCUCCUCUUGGCCCACCUCUCUGCACCAGAGGUGUCCCCCGAUGACAUCAAUGUUGCCUCUAAAUUUGCAGGCAUCCUUGUUCUAUUACAGAAUGUAUUUGGGGGAUUUUCUUCCACACAGGACUCUAUAGUUGCCCUGCAAGCUUUGACCAAAUAUGCAGGCUUGACGUACCGUGAGAUAGAAGACCUAAAGGUCUUGGUGAAGUCCAGCAAGGAUUUCCAGCAUGAAUUCCAUGUGGACAAGAAGAACCGCCUGGUGCUGCAGAAGGUCUCUCUUCCAGAGAUCCCAGGUCAAUACAAGGUGGAGGUCUCAGGGAAUGGCUGUGUCUAUGUGCAGGCCACUCUUCACUAUAAUGAACCUCCUCUGAAAUCUGAUGCUUUUGCUCUAAAUGUGACAACAUCAUCAAAGGACUGCAGUCAGAAUUCCUUAAAACAGUUUGAUGUCUACCUCCAAGUGAGGUACUGCUCUGUACUCAAGUCUUAUUUGUCUUUCUGCUUUCUAUAAGAAACAGCACCCUGG